GUUUACGUGCUGGCAACGUUUACGUGCUCUGUGGAUAAACGAUGAUGAAGUGGUCCCCACAUAACUGAAUCACCAUCGUCUAACGAUAGCUUUGCACCGGAACCGAACACAGUCAAACCCAUUUCGAUCACAUCCUUUUAAGCCAAGCCAAGCCAAUCUCACUCAAAAGAAAUGGAGCGGUCCGACCCGGAAAAGCUGAUACUGGUGAACCGCGAACCGGACGGGAUCGCGUUCGUGACGAUCAACCGCCCGAAGGCGCUGAACUCGCUGACCAGGGCGAUGAUGAGGGACCUGGCCCAGGCGUUCAAAGCCCUGGACCGGGAAGACUCGGUGCGGGUGAUAGUGCUAUCCGGGUCAGGUCGGGCGUUCUGCUCGGGUGUGGACCUGACGGCGGCUGAGGACGUUUUCAAGGGAGACGUGAAGGACCUGGAAGCCGACCCUGUAGCUCAGAUGGAGAGGUGCCGAAAGCCCAUAAUCGUAGCCGUCGGAGGGUUCGCCGUCACCGCCGGCUUCGAGAUCGCGCUCGCUUCCGAUAUUGUGGUCGCUGCCAAGAGAACCAAGUUCAUAGACACGCACGCUAGGUUUGGAAUUUUUCCUUCGUGGGGUCUCUCCCAGAAGCUUUCACGCAUAAUUGGUCCCAACAAAGCACGCGAGGUUUCGCUAGCGGCCACCCCACUAACUGCAGAAGUGGCUGAAAGAUUGGGCUUUGUCAACCAUGUUGUUGAAGAAGGUGAAUUGUUGAAAAAAGCCAGAGAAAUAGCAGAGGCCAUUGUAAGAAAUAAUCAGGACUUGGUGAUGAGGUAUAAGUCGGUCAUAAAUGAAGGCCUCAAGCUGGACUUGGGUCAUGCUCUUGAGCUGGAAAAGGAGAGGGCCCAUGACUAUUACAAUGGAAUGACCAAAGACCAGUUUAAGAAGAUGCAGGAAUUCAUAGCAGGCCGGAGCUCAAAGAAACCUUCUUCAAAGUUGUAGAUUAUCCAUGUACUCGACCUCAGUGGCAAAAAUAACUCCCAAAAGAUGGGAAUGUCUGCAAUUUCUCUCUUCAGGCAGCAAUACUGCAUAGUCGGCUGUAGGAUGCUAUUGAUAUAAUGGUCAAGUACAGCCCUUGCAACCUUCUUGUUCUUCUCUUCUCUUUUUCUUUUCCUCUCUAAUCUUGUGGUUGCAUCAAUAAAUGUCGGGUCCAAUUGGAUAUCAAUUUGUGAAGAAUUUGGUUCUGAUAAUGAGAAUAAGAGUGGAAGCAGCAUACAAAGAAAUUCAAACAAUAUUGUUGUAGUUUUUGUAGAACCUGUUUUGUUUAAGCAAUACAAAGAAAGUUUUCUAAGUA